CUCUGAGGGUGCGCGGCCUCAGGUAGCUACCGCCGGGCUGCUCCGGUCUGCAAGACCCUCCCCGCGGGGGGUGAGGCCGGCUCCACGGCGCAGUCCUGGGUCGCUGCCCUGCUCCCCUGAUCCGCCGCCAUCAUGCUGCUGCCCGUGUUCACCCUGAAACUGCGCCACAAAAUCAACCCCCGCAUGGUGGCCGUAGGGCGCUACGACGGGACUCACCCGUGCCUGACGGCCGCCACCCAGGCGGGCAAGGUUUUUAUUCAUAAUCCUCAUACACGAAGCCAGCAUUUCAGUGCAUCCCGGGUCUUCCAGAGCCCCCUGGAGUCGGACGUUUCGCUUCUGAACAUUAACCAGGCUGUCAGCUGCCUGGCUGCAGGAGUCCUGAUCCCUGAUCUUGGCUAUGAUGCUCUUGUGGUGGGGACACAGACUAAUCUUUUGGCUUAUGAUGUCUACAAUAACUCAGAUCUGUUCUACCGAGAGGUAGCAGAUGGGGCCAAUGCAGUUGUACUGGGAACACUGGGAGACAUUUCCCCGCCCCUUGCAAUUAUUGGUGGAAAUUGCGCCCUGCAGGGCUUUGAUGCUGAAGGAAAUGAUCUAUUUUGGACGGUUACCGGCGAUAAUGUACAUUCCUUGGCCUUGUGUGACUUUGACGGUGAUGGGAAGAAAGAGCUUCUUGUUGGAUCUGAGGAUUUUGACAUCCGAGUUUUUAAAGAAGAUGAACUUGUAGCAGAAAUGUCAGAAACAGAGAUAAUCACCACUCUUUGCCCCAUGUAUGGCAGUCGAUUUGCUUAUGCCCUUUCCAAUGGCACAGUUGGAGUUUAUGACAAAGCAGCCCGAUACUGGAGAAUUAAAUCCAAAAAUCAUGCUGUGAGCAUUCAUGCCUUUGACCUUGAUUCUGAUGGUGUAUGUGAACUGAUAACGGGUUGGUCCAACGGGAAGGUUGACGCUCGGAGUGAUCGAACCGGGGAGGUCAUCUUCAAAGACAAUUUCUCUUCUGCAAUUGCUGGUGUGGUCGAGGGAGAUUACCUCAUGGAAGGCCACCCUCAGCUGAUCUGCUGCGCAGUGGAUGGGGAAAUUCGUGGCUACCUGCCAGGAAAGGCUGAAAUGGGAGGGAGCCUCAUGGACGCCAGCGCCGAGCAGGAUCUGAUCCGAGAGCUCAGUCAGAAGAAGCAGAACCUGCUGUUGGAACUCCGUAACUAUGAGGAAAAUGCCAAGGUUGAUUUGAAUAGUCCGCUGAGUGAGGCUGAAGAGCACCGGGGCAUAAUCCCCGCCAACACCAGGCUCCACACGUCCCUGUCCGUCAGCCUGGGCAGUGAGACUCAGGCCGCUCACGUCGAGCUCCGUGUCUCCACAUCCAAUGACACCAUCAUCCGAGCAGUAUUGAUUUUUGCAGAAGGAAUUUUUGCAGGUGAGAGUCACGUGGUCCACCCCAGCACUCACAAUCUUUCCAACUCCAUCCACAUCCCGGUCACUCCGCCCAAAGAUGUCUCUGUGGAUCUGCACUUGAAACUCUUCGUGGGCUACCGGAGCAGCACCCAGUUUCACGUCUUUGAAUUGACGAGACAGCUCCCCCGAUUCUCAAUGUACGCGCUCACCAAACCCAACUCUGCCACCGAGCCGCUCAGCUACGUCAACUUCGUCAUCGCGGAGCGCGCGCAGAGGGUCGUUAUCUGGCUGAAACAGAACUUCCUCCUGCCAGAAGAUACUGACAUUCAGAAUGCUCCCUUCCAAGUGUGUUUCACCUCCCUCCGGAACGGUGGCCAGCUGUAUAUAAAAAUGAAACUGAACGGAGAGAUUACUGUAAAUACAGAUGAUAUUGAUUUGGCUGGUGAUAUUAUCCAGUCAAUGGCAUCGUUCUUUGGUAUUGAAGAACUUCAGGUCGAAGCAGAUUUCCCUGCUUACUUUGAAGAAUUAAAAAAGGUUCUGGUCAAGGUGGAUGAAUAUCAUUCGGUGCAUCAGAAGCUAAGUGCGGACAUGGCUGAUAAUUCGAACCUGAUCCGAAGUCUGCUGGUUCGAGCCGAGGAUGCUCGUCUGAUGAGGGACAUGAAAACAAUGAAGAAUCGCUAUAUGGAACUCUAUGACCUUAAUAAAGACUUGCUAAAUGGAUAUAAAAUUCGCUGUAACAAUCACACUGAACUGUUGGGGAACCUCAAGGCAGUAAAUCAAGCAAUUCAAAGAGCAGGUCGUCUGCGGGUUGGGAAGCCAAAGAACCAAGUGAUCAGUGCUUGUCGUGAUGCCAUUCGCAGCAAUAACAUCAACACACUCUUCAGAAUUAUGCGAGUGGGGACAGCGUCUUCAUAGGACAGACAAGUCUAGGUAGUGAAGUUUCUAGAAAAUGUUUUUAAAUUCAGAGCUGAUCUGCUUUGGAUGACAUGCCGCUUGAAGCCAGGGAUGGAAAUGGAAAAUGAAAACAACGUUGGUGAGUUGAAGGAGUGGAAGACAGAGCAGUGCAUGGGAAAGUGUAUUCACUUGUUAUUGUAAAUCAGUACUAGCUUUCUUUUUCUUGAAAAAGAAAGCAAUUUUAAACACUAGAGCCUCAAAGUUGUUUUUCUGUAUGUAUGUAAAGUUGGUGUAUAGUACAUCUUUUUUUCCUUGGAAUU